AUGGCCUAUCAACAACAUCCCGACCAGAUGCAAGAUACCAGGACCUUUCCGGCCUUUGGCUACUGCAACUCUUAUUUUGUUGAAAGCCACGAAGACGACGAUGGACUAUUCGCAAGGGCCGCUGCUGAACGCGAACGCGCACGUAACGUUGCCAAGCAAAGACAGAAGGUCCUCGGCGAGGAACUUUCUCGUGCAACCGCCGAGGAGUACCAGGAAGACGUCCUCGAUCACAUGGAGCACAUGGAGGCCGAGACGAUGCCUGACAUCCAGUCUAUCGAGAUUCAGACGGAGAUUCAAUGGUUUAUGAGGCCUUACCUGCUGGACUUUCUCCUCGAAGCUCACCACGCCUUCCAGCUGCUUCCGGAAACGCUGCACCUCGCGGUCAAUCUUUUAGAUCGGUACUGCUCCAGGCGUGUCGUCUACAAGCGCCACUACCAACUUGUCGGCUGCGCAGCGCUGCUCAUUGCUGCCAAAUAUGGUGACCGCAAGGAACGCGUGCCGACGAUACGGGAGCUCAAGUCUAUGUGCUGCUCAUUGUACGAUGACGACAUGUUCACCCAAAUGGAGUGGCAUGUUCUCCAGACCCUGCACUGGUGCAUCGGUCAUCCCACAGUCACGAGCUUUUUGCAGCUGGCAUUGACUGAGGUCUCCUUCGAUCCGGAGCUUGAGCACAUGUCGUGGUACAUCUCGGAGCUGGCCCUGUAUCACAAGGAGUUCAUCCCGGUGCGGCCGUCGGUGAUGGCUAGAUCAUGCCUCGCGCUGGCUCGAUGCGUAUUGAACCGACCUCAAUCACGGUUCCACGAUUGGGCUGGGGCUUAUGAUCCGCAAGUUGUGCUCAACCUCUCGAACCACCUUAGUCAUCCGUCCCAGGCACUCUCGAGAAAGUAUGCAUCGCCGCACCUGUCUUCGGCGUCGACUACGAUCGACAACUUUCUCAAACACCAAGCCAUGCUGGCGCGACAAGUCAUGCCGACACCUGCCAAUGACCAACCUCGCAUGGACAUCGACCCAGCACCACCCGCCAACACGUAUCUGACCCCACAAACACCUCAAAAGGCUGGAUAUGCGAGCGGAGCCCAUGGUAUGAUAACACCUCCUAUCACGCCUGAUAAGGAUCAACUAGGCGGCUAUGGCACCAGCCAAACCCUGCUGCCGCGGAUCGCCCCAUGCAACCCGACGCCGCCUCACAGGGCAGACUACAAUCAAUCCAACGGCUUUUCGGUAGUUCCCCAACAGUACAUGCCACAGCCGCAGUUUGUACAAUAG